AUGUCAUGUGAAUGUCAUUCAUCAUUCAAUGGUGAAACUGAACAAUUAAUAUGUAAUAAUCAUAAUAAUCUAUUAAAUCAAACAAUAAAAUUAAAAAAUCAAACUAAGCAAAUUGGUCAAUCAUUUGAUACAUUUCAUUUAACAUUUUAUGAUAAAGAAAUUACUGUUUAUCCAAUGUUUAUUAAUGAUUUAUCAUAUUUAUUUCCUCGAUUAUUAACUAUAGGCAAACGAAAAUCAACAUUAAAAAUUACAUUAUCAUUUCAUAAUUUUCAGAAAUUAAAUUUUCAAGAUUAUUCUUUUUAUCAAUUAUUUGGUGAUAAAUCUGAUUAUACAACAAAGUUUUCAUUAGAAUUAACAUCUAAUGGUCAAGUAACAUUUUCACCAAUGGCAUUUAAUCAAAUCAUAGUUGAUCAAAUGUAUAUGCAUAGUUCAUCAUUAGACCCAUAUUCAUUUGAAGAAAUCUUUAACAAUACAAAUAUUGGUGAAUUAACAAUUGAAGGUUUUACACCUCGAAGCAAUGAUACACAAAAGAUAAAUUUUAAUGGUAAAAUUCGCUCAGCUAAAUUUACUAAAAUGGUUGAAAUGGUAUCAAAUGAUGAAUUUCCUAAUUAUCCAGUACGUUCAAUGAUUAUUGAAGCGCAUGAAGCAAGAAGAAUAAAUGCAUCAUCAUUUAUAAAUUAUCGAAAUUUAUAUGGUGUUCAUUUAAUUCGACCAAAUUUUUUCUUUGAUAAUCGUUCAUUUGAUGGUUUUCAAUUUUUAACUAGUCUGGAAACAAUAGAACUUGAUGCGGAAACACUUAAAGAUCAUACAUUUCAGCAUGCAUCACGUAUUCGAUCUUUGACUCUUGGUCAAAAUACUCGUCGUUUAACUAAUCAUUCAUUAGAUCAUUUAGAUUAUUUAACACGUUUUGAUGCAUCAAAAGUAACUCUUGAUCACUUAAAUCCAACAUCAAGAUGUGUAUUAGCACGUUAUAUUGAAAAACAACAAAAAACAAAUCCAUCUAUGAUUAUUUUACCACCACAAGCUGAAUAUUGUGAUUGCAUUCAUGAUUUUAUUUUAACAAUAUUAGAUAAAAAACCUGAUCAAUCCUAUUCAGAUAAAUGUUCAGAUAAUCAACAAGAACGUUGUCAAUUAAGUGAAUGUAAUAUUGUGAAGAAUUUUCGUUUACCAUUAAAGAAAAAAAUAGAUCAUGAACAAAUUGUUGUAUCUCUUGAUGAGGGUAUAAUUGAUACACCAUAUCACUUAUAUCCAACGGAGGAUGAUAGAACAACAACUCAUCGAAUACCAUCUUAUGUUCAUCGACAUCCAGCUGUUGAUCAUUCAUCCCAUACAGAUACUCAGGAUUCACAAACAUCAGCACUUAUAGCCAAUGAACCAAUUGAUCCAAAUGCAAUUCCAACAGAAGAUUAUGAUCAAAAUCCCGAUCCAUCAUCAAUAACAGAUAAUUCAGAAAUAAAACCAAAAGAUCGUUUUAAUGAACGUCGUACAGCAAUGGACAAUGAAAGAUUAAAAUGGAUAGCAUUAAUAUUAGUAUGUAUUACUGUAUUAUGUCUUCUUAUUGUUGGGUUAAUAAUAUGGUUUUUUACUUGUCGUCCAACGCAUCGUGUUAAUAAAGCAGGAUUUCAACCAGUUUUACCAAAUAGUUCAAAUGUUUAA